GGUGUCGUCCGUGCUGACAAAAACGUUGCGUGCUCAAGCUCGCUAUUGAUUCGCGGAUCAAACAUAUUCAAAUCAGGUGGAAUUGGUACAAUUAAAGUACAAAGACUAAGUCAAUAAAAGGUACAAAGUCUGGCUUCAUUUUCCUAGUAAAGGUUUUGUUUUGUGUAUUAUGUAACAUGUUAAAUAGAACGUGUUUCACAUGUGCAUGAAACACUCAACACUGCGGAAAAUUGGCACAGUCUGAGUUCAAUUCAGUAUCCUUUCGUGAUAUUACUAUGGCAACGCUGAAAUAACAAUUGGCUAGAAAUAUUUAUGUAAUAAAUAUUUAAUUAAUUUUGCAUUUUUUCAGUGCUUGUGUGUUCUCUGACGCGUGCAGUCGCACUAAUAUCCAGACGUAUAAACACUCGCCUUGUUUUUCAAGAAUGAAGGUCUCCGUGCUGAGCUUUAUUUUCCAAGUUCUUUUGAUCAUUUUAUUUGGAGUGUUGGUGAAAUAUGACCCGAAACAGGCAGGAGGGUUUAAAGAAGGGGAGAGUCAUGAUGCGUCUGAGGAAGGCAUCUUACGUUAUCCAGUAUUUCAAGAUGUUCAUGUGAUGAUAUUUGUUGGUUUUGGUUUCCUCAUGACAUUUCUAAAGAAGUAUGGUUUCAGCGCAGUGGGUUACAACUUCUUUCUGUCAGCGCUGGCGAUCCAGUGGUACAUUAUCAUCGCAGGUUGUAUUGAACAUCGCGGGACGACUGGCUUUUCUAUCAAUCUCGACAUUUCCAAACUAAUCACCGCAGAUUUCUCGGCCGCCGCAGUGCUCAUCACAUUCGGUGUCGUUCUGGGUAAAGUCAGUCGUCUUCAGUUGUUUAUUAUUUGUAUUCUGGAGAUCUUGAUGUUUGCUGUGAACGAGUUCGUACUUCUGGAAGAACUAAAGAUUGCAGAUGCCGGUGGCUCUUUGGUUAUUCAUUGCUUUGGUUGUUAUUUUGGUCUCGCAGUCAGCUUUAUGUUAAGAAAUAUCAACAACAAUGACAAUCCUAAAGAGGCCUCUGUGUAUCAUUCUGAUAUCUUUGCAAUGAUCGGAACACUGUUUCUGUGGAUGUACUGGCCGAGUUUCAACAGCGCUCUCGUACUUAAUCCAAAUGAUCAACAACGAACAGUUAUCAAUACUUAUCUCUCACUUGUUGCUUGUUGUGUCACCACCUUCGCACUUUCUGCUUUCGUGAAUGGAGAAAGAAAAUUAAACAUGGUUCAUGUUCAAAAUGCUACAUUAGCUGGUGGUGUUGCCAUUGGUACUGUAGCUAACAUGAUUGUUCAACCAUGGGGAGCACUCCUUAUAGGAACACUGGCUGGUAUUAUCAGUGUUCUUGGUUAUAACUAUGUUACACCGUUUCUGAAUGACAGCUUGAAAAUACACGAUACUUGUGGAGUGAACAACUUGCAUGGUAUGCCUGCUUUACUGGCCGGUGUUGCUGGGAUCAUUUGUUCAAGGUUGGCCUCAUUAGACACAUACCACGACAGUCUCACCAAUGUAUUUGAAGCAAGAGAACACCGCACACGAGCCAAGCAGUCAGUAUAUCAGUUGGUAGCUGUGGUAGUCACUCUGGCUAUAUCCAUUGCUUCUGGUUUAAUCACUGGAUUCAUAGUCCGACAGAAAAUAUUUGAUCCACCACGCCCGGAUCAGUUGUAUGAUGAUGAAAGUUACUGGGAAAUGCCAGACGCGACGGAUGAAAGCUUGAAGGAAGGUGUAAAUGAAGAAUUAAUGAAAACCAUGGCCGAGGACAAGGUGUAAAAAGUGUCUUUAUUUCGUUGUUACCCGGAUGAAACGAGGACGAGAGUUGGCAGUCACUGACCUUGGUUAGCUGUGUCGAAACGUCGAGUUUGUUUUUUUUCAGGUAGUAAUAUAACCACUCAGCAGAGCAUUUUUAGCUGUUCUUAAUGCUUUCCCAACACUAUCAUGUAUUUAUUUAGGUUAAAACAUAGUUGGUUCACUCAUCAAACUUUAAUUUGUUAAUCUAGAGCUUGAAAAUGUCCCCUGUAAUAAUUCGUGACUGCCAACUCUCAUCAACUCUCAUCCUCGUAAUUUGAGCUUUAGUAGACACUAGGGUGCAAGAUCAAUAUAACGUUUAAGAUAUACCAUGGACUUAUUUCAUUUUGAAAACAUUGACAAUAUAUUUCUUCAAAAAACAGUUGUACUACAAUUUGUAUUAAGUAUGUUCGAUGUUUAUAGCUCUUAGUGUAUUGUUACUUUGCGUGUCUAUAUUACCAAUAAACAUGAUUAAUGAACUAUUAACAAGAAUGCAUAAAUUAUACGCCCAUUUUCCAACUUUGGCUCAAAAGAUCAACAACAACCUGCGCUUGGAUUGAACUGUACUUGACAAACGCGACUUAUUAUACUUAAAACUAUCAACUGGUAUACUCGUGUUCGUGUUAACGACGGCAGAGUUACAUAGUAACAUACUUUGUAACAUA